AUGGCUGUUAAAGUCGAAAUUUCUGAACCAACAUCACAACUUGUAAGUUCUGAACUAUGUAUCCAAAAGUAUGGAGGAGUUUUGAGUGGAUUUGACACAAUGGAUGAAAUAAAUUAUAUGAUUGGUCAGAUAUCACAGUUCCUCUGUUCUCAUCCACUACAUCGUAUCCAUGGGAUGGAUACUGGAUUAAUGGAUUUCGAAAAGAAACGUGUCGCUUCUCGAAUCAAACUGACCCAGAUUGCCCCGGAAUCAAAGUAG